CGCCGCUGCAACAUCAGCACAGCAGCAGCAAGAGGAGGAGGAGGAGGAGGAGGAGGAAGACGAGGAGGAACCGGCCAGGGACGCGCCGCCCCCGGGAGGGAAAGGCGGAAGCUCAGGAGCAGAACACCUGCUUGGCAUGCAGAAGGUCCCAGGUUCAACCCCGCCACAUUUCCAGGAAUCAACAUGCAAUAUGGCAGCUGCAAUGGAGACUGAGCAGCCAGGGCUCGAAAUCUUUGAAACGGCCGAGCACAGGGAGAAUGUGGCGCCUGGGGAGAAGGCCAAGCUGGAACCGUACUACGUGGAGAGGUAUUCCUGGAGCCACCUGAAGAAGCUGCUGAAUGACACCAGGAAGGACCACGGCUGCCUGAUGGCCAAGGCGCCCCACGACUUCACCUUUGUGAAGAGGACAGAUGCAGAGAGCCCCCACUCAGACAGGGUCUAUUACCUGGCAAUGUCCGGUGAGAACAGAGAAAAUACGCUUUUCUAUUCUGAAGUUCCCAAAAACAUAAACAAGGCUGCGAUUCUUUUGCUCAGCUGGAAGCCGCUCUUGGAUCUUUUUCACGCCAGCCUCGAUUAUGGGAUGUACUCUCGGGAGGAGGAGCUGCUGCGGGAAAGGAAGCGGAUCGGGACGGUUGGUAUCGCCUCUUACGAUUAUCACCAAGAAAGUGGCACCUUCUUGUUCCAAGCCGGAAGUGGGAUUUACCACGUGAAAGAUGGAGGUCCCCAUGGGUUCACGAAACAACCCUUGCAGCCCAAUUUGGUAGAGACAAGCUGUCCAAACAUACGGAUGGAUCCCAAGCUCUGCCCAGCAGAUCCAAAUUGGAUUGCUUUUAUCCAUAGCAAUGACAUCUGGAUCUCCAAUCUAGCAACCAAAGAAGAACGGAGGCUGACAUUUGUACACAAAGAAUUUGCCAACAUUGAAGAGGACCCCAAGUCUGCUGGGGUUGCUACCUUUGUGCUACAGGAAGAGUUUGACAGAUACUCCGGCUACUGGUGGUGUCCCGAUUCAGAGAUGACUGUAGGUGGAGGCAAAAUCCUUAGAAUUCUGUAUGAAGAGAAUGACGAGUCGGAGGUGGAGAUAAUUCAUGUCACAUCCCCCAUGUUGGAGACAAGGAGGACAGAUUCCUUUCGGUACCCCAAAACCGGUACCGCUAACCCCAAAGUAACUUUCAAGCUGUCUGAAAUAACCAUCGACGCUGACGGCAGAAUUUCCGAUGUGGUUGACAAGGAACUCGUCCAGCCCUUCGAGAUCUUGUUUGAAGGCGUGGAGUAUAUCACUCGAGCUGGAUGGACCCGAGAGGGGAAAUAUGCUUGGGCCAUCUUGCUUGAUCGCUCUCAAACGCGGCUUCAAAUUGUGCUCCUUCCCCCUGCUUUAUUUAUCCCUGUGGAAGAGGACGCCAUGGAGAGGCAGAAGCUGAUUGACGCAGUUCCUGACUCUGUCACGCCGCUGAUUGUUUACGAGGAAACAACAGACAUCUGGAUAAAUGUCCACGAUAUCUUCCACGUUUUCCCCCAAACCAAUGAGGAUGAGAUAGAGUUCAUCUUUGCCUCCGAGUGCAAAACAGAAUUCCGCCACCUGUACAGAAUCACAACUGUUUUAAAGGAGAGCCGGUACAAGCGCUCGAGUGGAGGACUCCCUGCUCCAAGUGAUUUCCUGUGUCCCAUCAAAGAAGAGGUGCCAAUUACCAGUGGGGAAUGGGAAGUUCUUGGCCGACACGGGUCCAACAUCCGGGUGGAUGAAGCUAAAAAACUGGUAUAUUUUGAAGGUACAAAGGAUUCCCCCUUGGAACAUCACUUGUAUGUUGUUAACUACGAGAACCCCGGGGAGAUCAAGCGGCUGACAGAAGCUGGUUUCUCCUACGCCUGCUGCGUCAGUCAGAACUGUGACAUGGUGAUUUGUAAAUUCAGCAACCAGAGGAACCCGCACGAGGUGUCUCUCUACAAGCUGACCGGCCUCGAAGAUGACAUUUCCAACAGGUCCAAGGAAUUCUGGGCUACCAUUUUAGAUUCCGCAGGGCCUCUCCCAGAUUACGUUCCGCCCGAGAUCUUCUCUUUCGAGAGCUCCUCAGGGUUUUUGCUUUAUGGGAUGAUCUACAAGCCCCACAACCUACAACUCGGGAAGAAGUACCCCACAGUACUCUUCAUAUACGGGGGCCCCCAGGUGCAACUUGUGAACAACCGGUUUAAAGGGGUCAAAUACUUCCGCCUGAACACCCUAGCGUCCCUUGGUUAUGUUGUGGUGGUGAUUGACAACAGGGGAUCCUGCCACCGCGGUCUGAAGUUCGAAGGUGCCUUUAAAUAUAAGAUGGGACAAAUUGAAAUAAGUGACCAAGUGGAAGGUUUGCAGUACUUGGCCUCCCGAUACGAAUUCAUCGACUUGGACCGGGUUGGCAUUCAUGGCUGGUCCUACGGGGGAUACCUCUCCCUUAUGGCCUUGUUGCAGAAGCCAGAGAUCUUCAAGGUCGCCAUUGCUGGUGCCCCAGUCACCCUGUGGCUCUUCUACGAUACAGGGUACACCGAGCGCUACAUGGGUCACCCAGAUAAUAACGAACAGGGCUAUUACCUCGGCUCCGUGGCUAUGCAAGCGGAUAAGUUUCCUUCAGAACCCAACCGGUUGUUAUUGUUGCAUGGAUUCCUCGAUGAAAAUGUUCAUUUUGCACAUACCAGCAUCUUGCUUAGUUUUCUGGUCCGGGCUGCAAAGCCUUACGAUCUACAGAUCUAUCCACAAGAGAGGCACAGCAUCAGGGUCCCUGAGUCUGGAGAACACUAUGAACUGCACCUCCUGUAUUAUCUCCAGGAGAAUCUGGGUUCACACAUGGCCGUGCUGAAGGCAGAGCACUGAUGACACCCCCCCUCCCUCCCGCCCACCCUUCCAGGAACUCUCAGCACAGACAAAUACAGCUGCUUAACCAAACGCCUCGGAAAGGGGCGUAAUGUUGUUGGUGCCUGCUUCCCACACAGAUCAGUCGACACGUCCUCGGCCUUGCUUCGUUUUAUUUCUCCUUAUUUUUUUAAAAAAGUCAACCCGGUGCCAUACAAGGAGACGACGCUGUACAGCAAAUGAAUACUUUUAAAUGUAAAUAAAGAAAGUCAACAUCUGUGCUA